GGUCUACGUCCAUUUUGGAUUUAUCAUAAUGUUCUAUUGUGUCGUCGGGAAAACAGUCGCAUCGCAAAAAAGAAGUAAACAAUUGUCGUCCGAUCUCAUUUUCAAAAUAUAAAUUCAAAUCCAAAGCAAGUCGGAUAACUUCAAAGUGAUUUGGUGUUUCGAAAGAAGUACGAACGAUAUCGCAGUGUUUUCGGUGGCAUUCAUACCGUUGUUAAGUUGUUAUUCAUGGGCGUUCACGAACACAACGAGAAAUUAGUUAUUCUCACAGGGAAUUGGACGUUUUUUUCCGAGCCAAUUUCCAUUUACCGAGUGUUGUGCGGAUCCUGCAGACGAUGAAUGAAGCACAACGUCAAAUUAAUUUUAAGAUCGAAACGAUGGACCAGUACGGUAACAAGAAAAAUCCUCAAGAAUUUGAUAUUCUGAAUCUCAUCCAAGAAGUCAAAAAGCAUCCGAUUCUAUACGCAAAAGAUAUAAAAGCGUCGAAGGAGAGCCGUGAAGAAGCCUGGCAUACGAUUUCGAGCGAACUGGACACACCACUUCAAAUCGUUAAAACCAAAUGGCGAUCGUUGAGAGAUUCCCUUUCCCGGCUGAAGAGGGACCGAUCGAGACGCGGUAAAAAAACGUGGUACAUGUUGAAACAUCUCACAUUCCUGCCUUCUGUGACCGAAUUGCUGGACAAUCCACAAGACAUAAAAAAUGAGAACUACUACGACGACGUAAUCGAAUGCCAUGAUUUGUCACAUGACGAUGCCAUCCGUUACAUUGACGGUGUCGAAGAAUUUGCCCAAGAGAAUACGGAAAUGGUCGAUCUGAAAUACGUUAAAAUCAAUGGCGAAACCAGCGACGAAGAAAUCGACAACGAAAACGAAAUGCCUGCUCCGCCGCCGAUUAAGAAAAUCAAAUUACUGAAGCCUCUGACACAAAGCCAGAAAACGACGCCCAUGUACAAAGCAAUUGUUCCGAAACCGGCCGAGACGACGUACAUCAAAUUUUCACAUUUCAGUGGCGACGAAGGGAACGAAGAGUACACCCCAUUGACGGUGGACCAAAAUUGCAUUCAAAUUGUUAGUCCCAUUUCACCGGAAAUAAUCGAACAAAAUGCGAACCGCACGGAAUCGGUUAAAACUGGCGAAGAGGCUCAGCAGCGUUUAACCGAACAUUUAAGCAAUAUUUGCUCACACUUUUCCACGGAAGAAUUUGGCUAUUCUGUCCACAUUGCCAAUCAGUUGCGGAACUUACCGAGGCUAGAGCGCGAGAUAUUGAGAAAUAAAAUCGACAAUUUGAUUUAUGAGACUCAUAUGUCCGUUAUUACAUCGCAAAGCAAUUAAGAAGCCCCCGUCACUUGCAUUGUUUUAUUUAUUGAGCUCAGAGACGGUUUUAUUAAACGAAAUGAUUUGUUUAA